CUUGCAGAAUCGCCCGGGGCUCAAUUUUUAGUCAAAGCUAUUGCGUUACGACGACGAACGAGUUAAUUGUAUUGUAGCGUUCUGUGGCGAUGUUGAUGAACUGUAUUUACAGAAAGCAGCUUUCGUGGAUAAAAUUAGGAGCAUUGAUAGCUAUUCUUACAGUCAGCGAAGUCAACUGCUACGAAACAUGCUACUACUGCAAACUAGACGACUUAGGUCAUUGCGCUAAAUACGAGAUUCAACGACAUCGAAAAAUUUGUGAAAACCCGGAACCCCAAACGUGCAACACUAUUAGCACAAUUACCGUUCACGCUGGAGAAGGCGAAACAUAUCUGAAGCAUUGUAAUGAAACGAUAUCGGUGUGUAACCAACUAUUAACGAAACAAAAAACUGAAGUUUUAUUUUGUUGCAGCAAAUGCGAGAAAAGUCGUGGAAAUGGCGCUCGAUCGAAAUCAUCGAUUUUAAUAGGACAAAUAUUAAGUUUUAUUACGUUCUAUGCACUGUUAGCAUAGCUUGCGUGAAGACUUCAUCUCCUGCAUAUUUUAAUAUCUAAUUUAUUUGUAACUAGGUCUUUAUUGUAUUGAUAAAAAAGCAUAUGUUUCAGCCUAUAUAUGAUAUAUAUAAAAGCGACAAUUUAGUGUCGACGAUUUCCAAGUGAAUGGUUCUCAACCGCAACACGGUAAAGAUCUGUGAAUUUAUUUGAUUAUGGCUGUAUGCUAAAUUAAGCUUCAUUUACGUAUCAAUAAACAAUUCUUGGAAAAUAACAAAAUUACAUGUUAACGACUUGACAAACUUGCGAUCUGCAAAACGGUUCAAGUUUUUGUAUGUGGUAUAACUUUCCUUGUGGCGUAGAUGAAAUAUAUAUUCCCCAGAUCAGCCGGGUGCAAUUUUACCGGUUCUAUCGAAUGGAUGUUUUUCCGACCCUGUGCCCCAGAAAUAUUUUUCUUAUACUUUACUGUUGCAAAAUUUUUGACGCUUAUUUUGAAAAUAUAUUUCACGGUGCGGUCUCG